CACAGGCUGUUGCAGAAAAACGUUUUCCGGUUGUGAAUAGCAACCCUAAAACAUUUUGAUUUACUGUUGCGUCCGUGUGUGAUCAUGGCAGAGUAUUCACAUGUAAAAUCCACCAAACUGGUACUGAAAGGAUCAAACGAUAAAAAGAAGAAAAAGAACAAGGACAAGAAGAGAAAACGAGAUGAUGGAGGAGACAAGCUGGAUAUUGUUGGAGGAUGGUGGACGGUGAAGUGUUUUGGUGAGAUCACAGGCACAGUGGCCAUUGAGAUGCAUAAAAACUCCUACAUUCAUGCUCUGGACACUGGACUCUUCACUGUAGGAUCUCCACAUAAAGAGGAUGAAGGUCCAGAUCCUCCUGAACAGUUCACAGCUAUAAAACUCUCAGAUUCCAGGAUAGCACUAAAGUCAGGGUAUGGGAAGUAUUUGGGUAUAAGCUCAGAGGGAGUUGUAGUUGGUCGAUCAGAUGCCAUCGGCUCCAGAGAGCAGUGGGAACCAGUGUUUCAGAAUGGUAAAAUGGCCUUGCUUGCUGCAAACAGUUGUUUCAUCUCGUACAGUGAGAGCGGGGACAUUGUGGCCAAAAACAAGACAGCUGGAGAGGAGGAGAUGAUCAAGAUCCGUUCAUGCACAGAAAGGGAGGUGAAGAGGAAAGAUGAUAUUGCAGAUGAAGACAGAGGUGAUGUCAAGAACUGCGAGCUCAAUUAUGUAAAGAAGUUCCAGAGUUUUCAGGACCGGAAGCUGCGGCUGAAUGAGGAAGACAGCGGUUCACUCAAAAAAGCCAGAACAGAUGGAAAAUUCCAUGAGGCGCUGCUGGACAGGAGGUCAAAGAUGAAGGCUGACAGAUACUGCAAGUGAGACCAGAAGAAACACAUCAACAUUUUUACAUCUUUAUUGAAUUGCCGUUUUAAUUUCACAAUUUUAACAUUACUCUUGCAAAUGCAAGUUACAAACUCUAGCAGCAAUCCUGACUAUGUUUUCUACAUAUUUGUCAGAUGCAAACUUCUAGUCAGUAAUGUGAGAAGUCAGAUAUUUUGAGAAAUGUAUAUCUCUGAAUGUGUAUCUCUCAAAAUCUUGAAUAUA